GAGAGCCCCAUGGGGGGGAAAUAAAAGGAGCAAAGGUGAACCCCACUGCAAAGGAGCACGAGGCAAUGCCAGGACGAGAGAAUUGGAGUGACCUCGGUGAUUCUGAGUGAAUCAAUCAGGGAGGCCUUCCUGGAGGAGGUGGCCCCGGACCAAGGACUGCCCUUCCCCCGGCUCAUUGCGCCCCCUCGCUUCUGGGAUCCGCUGAGGCCCCCAGGUGUAGCCACCACACCCUACCGAGCUAUUUCUGGGGUUGGGCCCCCCACUCAGAGCUGACCCAGCCAGGGUCCCCGUGGGUUCCCGAGGAUGCGGCUCUUCCGCAGACGCCACAUGCACCUGCGCCUGGCCAUGGUGGGCGGGGCCUUCAUGCUCUUCCUCUUCAUCCUGCACCGGGAUGUAAGCAGCUCGGAACAGGCCACCGAGAAACCAUGGCUGAAGUCGUUGGUGAGCCAGAAGGAUCACGUCCUGGACCUCAUGCUGGGGGCCAUGAACAACCUUAGAGAUUCGAUGCCUAAGCUCCAGAUCAGGGCUCCAGAGCCCCAGGAGACAGCUGUCUCCACAAACCAGUCCUGCUUGCCUGGGUUCUACACCCCAGCUGAGCUGAAGCCCUUCUGGGAACGGCCACCCCAGGAUCCCAAUGGCCCCGGGGCAGAUGGGAAAGCGUUUCAGAAGGACAAGUGGACCCGCCUGGAGACCCAGGAAAAGGAAGAAGGCUAUAAGAAGCACUGCUUCAAUGCCUUUGCCAGUGACCGGAUCUCCCUGCAGAGGGCCCUGGGGCCAGACACCCGACCCCCUGAGGUUGGUAUCAUGGUCAGGCCAGAGGCCCAGGGAGACCGUGACAGUAAAAUGACCGGUUAUGAAAUUCUAAUUGUGAAGGAGGAGGAGCUCAGGGCCUGGGACCAGGACCUGGCACGAGGGUAA